AUGUCCAUCGCCGCACAAAAAGCCACCCGGGAUCUCUUGGCCCGAGCGCACUCGCCAGACUCCGUGGAUCGCAUCUACAAAGAAAAAAUCCAGCAUCGCACUCUCCACCUCCGCCCGACAUCUCCUCCUCCUUCCGUCACAAAUGCGCGAGCAGCUCGCAGGAGAGCUCGGCAGCAGGCCAAGGACAAGAAGAAGCAGAAGCCCGCACCCCUGUCCUCCCGCGAGCGGCGCAAGCUAGGCUUCUACGACAUCCCGCGAGACAGGCAAAAGUACGAAAUCUACGAGCCGCUCAAUAAACUAUGGAUGGGCUACAUCUGCGAGAUCCUGGGGGGUGAUGUGUACAACGUGGGACCUAAUGUCGGGGCGAAGCUCGCCAGCGCAGAGUUCCAUGGAGCCAACGUGGAAGUUGUUCGGAGCAGAUGUCCCAGCAGGGUGGGCAUAGCAGGGAUCGUUGUGAGAGAUCGCAAGUUUACCAUGGAGAUCAUCACGAAGAAAAAGGGCGUCAAGGUUGUUCCCAAAGAAGGGACUACAUUUCGAGUUGCUGUGGAGGUUCCUGAGGCGCAGUUAGAUGCUACUGCCGAGCCGUCGAACAAGAAGUUUAUGUUUGACAUUCUCGGCGACCAAAUGAUGGUCCGCUCGGCUGAUAGGGCGAAUCGAAAGUUCAAGAUGCACUUUCUGCCAGAACUUUAA